UAAUAUAAUACUACAACACUAUAAGACAAUACAAUAUAAUACAAUACAAUAAGACAAUAUAAUACGAUAAUACAAUACAAUAAUACAAUAUAAUACAAUACAAUCAAUGAAUACAUCAAUGAUAUAGUACAAUAAUACAAUCAAAUAAUACAAUAAUACAAGACAAAAAUACAAUACAAUUAAAAAAUAUAAUUUUAUUAACUAGGCAAGUCAGUUAAGAACAAAUUCUUAUUUUCAAUGACGGCCUAGUAACAGUGGGUUAACUGCCUGUUUAGGGGCAGAACGACAGAUUUGUACCUUGUCAGCUCGGGGUUUGAACUUGCAAACUUCCGGUUACUAGUCCAACGCUCUAACCACUAGGCUACCCUGCCGCCCCAAUACAAAAAUACAAUGCAAUAGUACAACACAUUACAAUAAUGCAAUACAAUACUACAAUACACUACAAGACAAUAAUACAAGACAACACAUUACAAAAAAAUACUACAAUACAAUACUACAAGACAACAAUACAAAAAUACAAUACAAGAAUACAAGAAUACAAUAUAUCACAAUAAUACAAUAAAGUAAUAUAAUACAAUAAAAUAAUACAAUAAUAUAAGUAAGGUGGCAUAAUCAAGGAGCGGUUAUGUAUUCUGGAAAAUAAUACAACGCUGUGGAAGGUCAGUUCCACUCAGCUAGCGCGUCAUGGAACACACCGUGGAACACACCGUGAUGUCUUCAUUCCUUUCCGGAGAAUGCAUGGAGCCCCGAGUUGAUUAUCCCUUUCAUGCCUUGAAUAUCAUUUAUCACAUUUUCUGGUAGAGAUGUGUUCAGUAUCCACUAAAGUAGACAGCAAGUUUACUAGAUAGCUACAAUAGUUGCCGUGGUAACCAAACAAACAGACUAGUUUAGCUAACCAAACCGUUAGUCCUAGCUUGCCAUUAUAAAAAAAAUGAAUUCAACAAUGCCAAUAAUGCUUUCAAUUUGACUUUUGCUUUCAAAAGCACCUCAAACAUAGAACAUGUAAGAAUGAACUAUAGCCAUUGAAUUAUACCAUGCAAAUAUACCAUACCUUAUAGGGAAUAAUGCACACUCUAGAAUGCCCUUCAAAAGCCAAUCAGAAACAAGUAUUCAACAAUGCCAUGGUAUAAUUCUUUAUAUUGGGCAGAGAGUUGAGAAUCACCAGAGAGUUGAUACUGUAACUACUACAUGGACACCUCUCUAUCAGUCUGCUGAAUUCUGGUUCUAGACUGAUUGACUUCCUGUCUCUGACCUGUUGAGACUGACAGAGGCACAUUCCUCUAUCUAUUGAAAUAGGCAUUAGUCUUGCAGUAAACACAUUUUUGUGGCUGGUGUGUAUAUGGGUAGCCUCACUGUUCAAUGUCGGAAUCCUUGUCCAAUUCUCUACUUUAAAUAACCACAGCGCAGCACUCAAACUUAACUUGCCACAGUCUGUCAGCGACACCUGUCUGUCACCCGGCACCUCCAGAAGCUGCCACAAGGGUGCAGCAUCUCCAUAGUAUAAAGCCUCCUAUCAUGUGUUUACAAAAUGUAUCAGUUGAAAAUGAAGUUAGGUUUCUGUUGGUUGACAGGGUCCACAUCAGUCAUGGUCUCCAUGGCGAUGAGGUGGCAAGCCAGCACACUUCACUAACAAGCUUACUUAACCCCUGGGACUGUGGCUGACAUUGCAAUUGUCUUUCUAAGUUCACAGACGGGGGAUUGUGAAACAGACCCAGAGGAGUGCCUUGUUGGGGUUUAUUCAGUCAGUUUCAUGCUAUUGCACUACAUUUUCAUGCAAUUAGUUCAGUUUUAAAUGUGAAAAUGUCAAUAUUUACAAUUACAGGUAAGGAGAGAAAGAUUGUUUGCCUUGAGUUCUGGUGGAGGCCGUCUUUGAGGUGGCCCUACACCCCCACACACACACACACACACACACAAACACACACACACAAACUUGUGCGCACACAUUCACAUAGACAUGCAAGCGUGUGCACACAUACACACACUCUCCUGGAUCAGGGUUAAUAACUGUGUGGUUAGCUGUCAGAGGCACUUAGUGUGAAGCUGGGCAGGCAGAGAGGGCUAACAUAUACACACACACACACAGGCUCUCUGGCUGUUAAGGAGCUCUGCACAGAGAGAAGGAGGAUGGGAUGAAUGGAAGAGAGAAAGGCAGGCAGAGAGGGCUAACACACACACACACACAGGCUCUCUGGCUGUUAAGGAGCCCUGGCUCUGCACAGAGAGAAGGAGGAUGGGAUAAAUGGAAGAGAGAAAGGCUGGCAGAGAGGGCUAACACACACACACAGGCUCUCUGGCUGUUAAGGAGCCCUGGCUCUGCACAGAGAGAAGGAGGAUGGGAUGAAUGGAAGAGAGAAAGGCAGGCAGAGAGGGCUAACACACAUACACACACAGGCUCUCUGGCUGUUAAGGAGCCCUGGCUCUGCACAGAGAGAAGGAGGAUGGGAUGAAUGGAAGAGAGAAAGGCAGGCAGAGAGGGCUAACACACACACACACACACAGGCUCUCUGGCUGUUAAGGAGCCCUGGCUCUGCACAGAGAGAAGGAGGAUGGGAUGAAUGGAAGAGAGAAAGGCAGGCAGGACAAAGGGGAGGUGUUCCAACAGGAAGAGAGAAAGGCAGGCAGGACAAAGGGGAGGUGUUCCAACAGGAAGAGAGAAAGGCAGGCAGGACAAAGGGGAGGUGUUCCAACAGGAAGAGAGAAAGGCAGGCAGGACAAAGGGGAGGUGUUCCAACAGGAAGAGAGAAAGGCAGGCAGGACAAAGGGGAUAAAUUCCAACAGGAAGAGAGAAAGGCAGGCAGGACAAAGGGGAGGUUCCAACAGGAAGAGAGAAAGGCAGGCAGGACAAAGGGGAGGUGUUCCAACAGGAAGAGAGAAAGGCAGGCAGGACAAAGGGGAGGUGUUCCAACAGGAAGAGAGAAAGGCAGGCAGGACAAAGGGGAGGUAUUCCAACAGGAAGAGAGAAAGGCAGGCAGGACAAAGGGGAGGUGUUCCAACAGGAAGAGAGAAAGGCAGGCAGGACAAAGGGGAGGUAUUCCAACAGGAAGAGAGAAAGGCAGGCAGGACAAAGGGGAGGUGUUCCAACAGGAAGAGAGAAAGGCAGGCAGGACAAAGGGGAGGUGUUCCAACAGGAAGAGAGAAAGGCAGGCAGGACAAAGGGGAGGUAUUCCAACAGGAAGAGAGAAAGGCAGGCAGGACAAAGGGGAGGUGUUCCAACAGGAAGAGAGGUUAAGUGUGACGUUGUCCCUUACAGGUGUCUGCUGAGCCAUUAUGAGACUGGGCAACUUCCUUCAUCCACAAGUUCACACACAUGGUCUGGAAAGAGGGUGCUCCCCCACAACCAACUCUCUCAGAAAUCUGGACUCAACUACCUCCAUAACAUGCUGCCAUAGCCGCAGGAAGUCGGGGGGGUCUAUAUCGGUCUGCUAAUACAGGACUCGUAAAUGCCCAGUGCACUACUUUUGUGAAAAAAAUGUCAACUAAAUGUAUUGGAGUGUUAACCAGCAUUUGUAACUUGAGUCUGAUAAUUAUCUGUACAAAACCGUUAAUCUGAUAAUACUUGUGGAACAUAAAAACACUUGCUUGACGUACAAUAUGUUUUCCAGUUUCUUGAAAUACAACUUAUUUCUGUGUCAACUGAAAUGGUCUAUUCAUUCCUUUCACAUUUUAGUAAAAUCUCUUAUCCAAAGCAACUUUACAGUAGGGAGUGCUGUUCAUUCCGGUCCCCCAUGGGAAUUGAACCCAAAACCCUUACAUUGCAAGCCCCAUCCUGUACCAA